UUGGAAUAUUUACUCAGUUGAGAACUUGAGAAUUCGGAUCUCAUACAUGUGUUAAAUACACGUGGAGAAAAUACAAGUGUACAUUAGCGAGUAGGCUGUUCAUAAAGCUGCAUUUUGCAGCAUUUACAAAAUGGCUUUCUCUGAUCACGUCAACGAGUUUAAGAAUCUUACGCUCAGAGAUAUUCGUCGUUCUCGAGAUAACAUUCAGGAAUUUCUAGAUACCACUUAUGGCUCAGCUGAAAAUGCCGUCGAAUCUUUGUUUAGGAAUACUAAUGAUCCAGAUGUAUUGAAAAAUCUUGAUGAUAUGAACACUGUGCUAAAGGUAUGCAGAGAAAACCUUGCUAGAGUUGCAAAUGCAAUUCCAAGUAACACAACUGAAAGUCUUCAGCCAAACAAGCAGUGCUCGGCUGUAACUCAAUCCACAACUGAUUUGUGUGUGGUGAAAAUGAGUGUUGUGUACGAUAAGCCUUAUUUGGUGAAGGUUCUUUCACCUGGUUCACCAAGCAGAUUUUGGCUUAGUCUAGAAUCCACUCCGACAGACAAGAUUGAAAAAGAACUCAAAAUGUCAUACAGCAAUUGUGCUCAAUUAAUUACUCUGCCUCGCCCUGGCAGUUUUUUGGUUUGCUUGAACGCUGGAAAAUACUGUAGAGGGAAAGUGAUCACCACAAUGGAGUUCAAUUCAGCAUCUUCAACAGUCGAUGUAAUGUUGAUUGAUUAUGGUGAAAUCAUUACGACCACUGUCAACCAACUUUACCCAAUGCAACCCAAGUUUUGUCAAGAACCUGCCCAUGGUUUGCUGUGUUGUGUGCACGAUUUAGAACCGGUAAAUCAAAUUUGGGAUCUGGAAGCUAUUGUCUUCUUCAAUCAAUCUUGUGAAGAUAUUACGGCAACUUUCCACCGUCCUCCGAAGGAUUACGUAAAUACGGAUACCUUUUCUAUUUAUUCUCCCGACUACCAUGUCUCUCUUCAAAAGAGAGACUGCAAGAAAAAUGCAGACAUUCGUUUGGCUAUGAUCAGCGAAGGAAUGGGUAUAUCAUCACACCCACCGAAAUUACCGCAAACACUUCCGAAUGUAGUUACGAAUUUGCUGCCUGAGGCUUCGGCUUUGCUACCAAAAGAAUCAUCAAAGGAAUCUGACCGAAAUCAAAUGGCAUCGAAUAAAAGCUCGAAGACGCAUGAGGCAGUAGAAGAAUUUCAAACUCCAGAGUCUUCUCGGGGUAAAUCAUCUGCAUUGAAUGAUCCAGUGGUAGAUUCUCAUUCUUCCCAAUAUUCUGUGAUUGAGCUAUCAAAUUCCACAAACUCUUCGCUCAAACCUCGAAUUAACAGUGCGCUUCCGAAUAGUCGGACAUCUUCAUUUCCAAAUUCCAAAGCCAAAGAAUUUAUGUCAGCUUUGAACACACCAUCACCUUCCAUUGCAAGCCAGCAACAAAACACUGAAAACCAACGAUCAAACCGUCCGUUUCAGGAUGGAAACCUGACAAACUUCAACCAAACUUCGCCUUCUGGUUCGGCUGAUGUUGGGCAAUCGAGUAGUUCUACAGAUCAGAUGGCCAAAAUUCGUGCAGUUCCAUUCAGCAAUUUUCCUGCUAAUCCUGUCACAAAUAAUAUGGCCGAUGAUGUUGAUGACCUCUUUUUUAUACCUCACGCUAACAGAGCUGUACCUAUCCAGCCUUACGAUUCAGAUCAACAAUCAUUGGAUCCCAGUCCUUAUGAUGGGCCAUUUCGUGAACCAAGUGAUCCGCAGUUGUUGAACAAAUUUUUGGACUGCGUCAAUCUUGCAACUUCAUUCACUCAGCAAUUAUCCGUGGUAAAUAGUGAAAUUGACACUCAAAGCUUCGUCACGGCGACAUCUCAAAUGCAGUCGCCGAAUCAUCAAGAGUUCUCUCACGGGAAUCUUAAUCCAGGAUGGGAAUCUCAGAAAACUCCCAUCUCUUUGGACUAUCAAUUUGGAUCUAUAUUGAAGCCGAGAUCUCUAUCAAUGCUAGGAAGCUCUAAAACCAUGCAAUGCUGUUUCUCCCAUGUGAUAUCCCCUUCACAUUUUUACGUCCAUUUACUUGACGAAAUUCCGUCCUUGGUGAGGCCUCUCAGCGAACGUUUAAAUGAAUUGUAUGAAAAUUCCGAGGAGGUUCCAGUCACUCAGCCGGAAGUGGGAUCGUUUUGGGUAGUCCAAGAACCCCAAUCGCAGUUUUGGUCUCGUGCGAAGAUACUUAGUGUUGAUAUCAACGAUGAAAUUGGAUGGAAAACUCCAGGGAGAACUAAACAUCCCACUUGCACGGUAUUUUUGGUGGAUUGGGGGAAUGUCGAUGUUAUUCCCAUAUCUCAACUGCGACCUCUCGUCAAAGAACUCCUGGACAUACCUUGUCUAGCACUUCGCUGCCGACUCGAUGGAAUUUAUCCCUUCGAAAGAUCAUUGAACUGUGAUGAAUGGUCGUCUCAUGCAACUGACAAGUUCAUGGAAUUAGCUGGCAUCGACAACGAGCUUACAGCUUUGGUUUCGUCCACUAAUCUGGGAAGAGAUGGUGCUAUUUCGCUUCUUUUGUUGCAAGAUGGCAAUGAGAAUAAAUACUCGUUGAACGAACAGCUGGUUUUCCUUCGCUGUGCCUCCUCUGAUGUUUUCCAACAGGCAGCUGAAGAAUCGGAAAUAGCCGACGAAGAAACAGAAUGGGGUGAUCCCAUGGUCGAUGAUUAUUACUCUCCUAUGAACACACCAGCGCUGAACACGGAAAAUUAUGAUUCCGUAACUACUGGUUACAUCCCAAAAGACGAAGAGAGAAUUUGUCGUUUUUAUGCGGCCAAAGGAAGUUGUUAUAAAGGUAUUAAAUGCGACCAGCUACACAGCAAUCCACGCAAAAAUGUAUUUACAGAAGAUACCUUUGAAGUGUAUGUCGACGUUCCGUCAUUACCUUCAUUAGUUUCCGGAUCUUUGAUUCACAUCCAGGUGACGUGCGUUACCAAUGCGUUUCGUUUCUAUGCCAUUUUGCCUCAUGGAACAAGAAACUUGCAAAAUUUAUUUACCAAUGACGACGAAGGCGAAACGCUAGAAACAAUGCAGCAAGCUCUACAGAAAGAGUACUCUUCAAACUAUUUUUCUCACCGGAUGACUAUUGCUCCCUCUGCUGGUGAUGUUGUUAUUGCCAAAUCUCCAGAAGACAACGGAUGGUAUCGUGGACGAGUGAUGGAAGAAAAAGAAAACGACUACUUUGCCAUUUAUUUCUUGGAUUAUGGAAAUGCUCAGCCAGUUCACUUAAGGAAUCUUUGUAAUCCCUUACCACGUUUCAUUCAUUUGCCAGCUCAGGCAGUUGAAAUGUAUUUAAACGGAAUCGACACUUCACAAGCGGCUGAUACAAUUCAAGCAAAAAAUAUUCUAGUGUCAUUGGUCAAGAACCGAGAUCUAGUAGCCAGAGUCGUUCACACUAUUCCUUUCAUAUGUGUCGAUCUGUACAACACUUCCGGCCCGGCUGAAAUCGACAUUGCAACCGAAAUGGUCCGCCGUAAAGCUACUACUGCAGGUAGAAGAAAGCCUUUCUGUCUUCAGAAGCGGGGUAAAGAAUUUGCAGGUUGAAAUAUUUUUCCAUCUUGUAGAUUUGUUGUACCAUGUUAAUUACUGCCGAUUUGUUGCUGGGUGGUUUUGUGAUAUCCAAAAUGUUGUUUUUUGCGUCACAUUCCGUUAUCGAUCCGUAACAUGAAAAUAAACCGUGUAAUGCAGCAAUAAAAUUGCUUUGAUUGUGA